AUGAGGAUUGAGAAGUGCUGGUUCUGCUCGUCGAAUAUAUAUCAAGGACAUGGGACUGUCUAUGUUAGAAACGAUGCAAAGGUCUUUAGAUUCUGCAGGUCAAAGUGCAGGAAGCUCUUUGAAAGGCGUGUGAAUCCAAGAAGAGUGAAGUGGACAAAGAUUGCAAGAAAGGUGGCCAACAAGGAGCUCUGUAACGACACAAUCCUAACGUUUGAGCGCCGUUUGAACGAGCCUAGGAUGUAUGACCGCGAGGUGGUCGAGAAGACACUUUCCACCAUUCCAAAGAUACUUGAGAUAAGAAAGAGAAGAGAGGACUUCUUCAUCAAGGACAGGAUUCUUACUGGGCAGGAAAUGACCAAGGAGAGCGAUCUAAAGUAUAUUGAAAGACAUGCUAAUCUGCUUGAAGAAGAAGUAUCUGAUGAAAGACAUGUUUUGAAGACCAAGAAGAAGGAGGCCCAAGCUAACUAA